AUGAGAUUAAAAAUAUUAUUGAUAAAGUUGGUAAAACUUGAUCCAGUUCUCGCAAAAAUCUCUCAAGGUUGUCAGAAGACUCUUUUAGCUAUAAUAACUAAAAUCAGUAAUGAGUCACUUCAUUCAGGUUGUAUGCCUGAGAAACUAAAAGAAGCCGUGUUGAAACCGAAACUAAAGAAAAUAUCGCUGGAGUGCGAAGAAUACACAAAUUUCCGACCUAUUUCAAACUUAAAAUACCUGUCUAAAGUAAUUGAGAAGGUUGCUGCCG